AGUUAUUUUAAUCAAAAAAUAUAAAAUCACUACCACUUUAUAAGUAAUUUUAAAACAUAAUUGAAUGUAAUUAAUUAAAUCUUUAAAACAAAAACCAUACAAAAUAAUAUAAUAAAAGUGAUAAAUAGCAUUAUAGUUUUUUUUUAUAAUUUUUUCGAUGAAGCUAUGUUUAUAACAGCAAUUUUUAUUCAUUUAGUCUUCUUGUUUUCUAUUUUUGACAUAUAUUUUAAAUCGCCGAUAGUCAAAAAUGUAGUCGUAUACGAACCGACUCAUGUAGCUCCAGCUGAUCGUCUAGUUCUGUUUGUCGUGGAUGGACUAAGAGCUGAAUCAUUUGUCAAUUACACAACUAUGCCAUAUCUUAGAGAAGUAGCAAAUACACAUGGAAGGUGGGGAAUAUCAAGCACACGUGUUCCUACAGAAUCUCGUCCUGGUCAUGUGGCAAUAAUUGCUGGAUUCUAUGAAGAUCCCUCUGCAAUAGCCAAGGGUUGGAAAGAAAAUCCUGUUGAUUUUGAUUCUGUUUUCAACCAAACAUCAUUUACUUGGGCAUGGGGAACAUAUGACAUAUUAGAAAUAUUCACAAAAGGGUCCACAAAUCACAUUAUCAUAGAUAAAUUUGAUCCCUAUGACCAGUCUUUUAGUUCUAAUAAAAAUACCACUCUUCUAGAUGAUUUAGUUUUCACAAAAGUAAAACUAUUUUUUGACAAAGCAAAAUAUGAUAAUAUUCUUAAUGAAAAACUGAGAAGUAAGAAAAUUGUGUUUUUCCUGCACUUAUUAGGUACUGAUACAGCUGGACAUACACACAAACCAAAAACACAAAACUUUCUGACAACUAUAAAGUUUGUAGAUGAGCAUAUUAAGGAAGUGGAAAAAAUAAUUAAAGACUUCUACAACAAUGACGGCAGAACAACAUUUUUGAUGACAUCGGAUCAUGGCAUGACUGAUUGGGGUUCUCACGGCACUGGUGAUGAACAUGAAACUCAAACUCCUUAUGUUUUAUGGGGAUCUGGCGUGGAACAAACUAUAGGCAAAGAUAUUAAAUUAGACCUGGAGACUAAUUCAAUGUCAUUUGGACAUAGAUUUGACAUAAAUCAAGCCGAUUUAACACCAUUGAUGUCUACUAUACUUUCUAUUCCUGUACCAGCUAAUUCUAUUGGUCAUUUACCUAUUAAACUCCUUAAUAUGACUUUGCUAAAUAAAGCCAAAGCCAUUUACAGCAACUGCAGGCAAAUGAUCUCUCAAUAUGAUAAAAAGAGAUUAGAUGUUGAAGCUAAUGCAAUUAAGCUAUUAUAUAAGCCAUUUAAAUUAUUUGAUGGCAACAAAGUUAAAGAAGUUAUAGAUCUUAUGGAAAAACUGUUAAACGAUAGACAAUACGAAAAAGUUAUAGGACUAAGUGAAGAAAUUAUGCAACUGAGUUUAAAUGGUCUAAAUUACUAUCAUAAUUAUUAUCAAGGUCCGCUGCUGAUCACAGUGACUCUUUCAUUUAUGGGCUGGAUACUGUUUUUGCUAAGAGUAAUAAUAAAGCAAAAAAUGCUUAUACAAGCAGACUUUUCUAACUAUAACAAUUUAUACAGAUUAAGGAUCAGUAAAUUAAUGGAUACUAUGAUAACAUAUUUUUCUACUGUUAUGUUUGUGGUGCUAUUUUUAAUAGUAUAUGUACAAAGUUUGCCAAUUCAGUAUUAUAUUUAUUUCUUACUGCCAAUUUUUCUUUGGAAAUUGGCCCUUACACCAUUUAGUUUAUGGCUGGAAACUUUAAGUAUAUUAGAAAAUAAUAAAAAGCUGUAUAUGUUGGGUGUUGAAGUAUUGUGCUACGUUUUUGGAUCACUAUUGUUGGGGCUAGCAUUGACUCAUAGAUGGGCAUUAAGCAUUCCACUCUUGGGCAUGGGCUUAUGGCCAUUCUUUUCAUCAUCAGUACAUUUGAACAAUUUAUUAAGUACAGCAUGGACAAUUGGAUGUAUGCUACUCAGUAUUUUUUCAUUCAUGCCAGUAGUGGGCAAAGAUGUUUGGAUUGAGUUAGUUAUACUAGCUGCACUAAUUUGGUUAGUGUUACAUAUUUUAUAUAUUAGGAAUUAUUUAUUCAGUGUUCCUUUUGAAAGUGAAUUGCUUAGGAGAGAGAUUAUCAUAACUAUUGUACAACAGAUCCUUCUCUUAAUAUCUCUGCUAGUUAUCUAUUUACAAUCAAAAAAGUUUGAAAGACAUGUGCCACUGUCUCAGAGCCUUCAUUUGACAUGCUGGUUUAUAGCAGUGAUAUUACCCACAGUACCAAUGUUUUAUUCCAAAAAAAUUAUGAAUAGACUCAUGGGAAUCAAUGCUUCUAUACUUAAUUUUUAUCUGCUAUUAUCAGUAGCUCAUGAAGGUUUGUUUAUGGUAACAUUAAUAAUAAACGUGAAUUGUUGGAUGUUUAUCGAAUAUGAACUACUUAAUGAACGAAAAAUUAAGAUUGUUGAUUGUGACUUUGAAGUUGAUCGUAUUACAGGUAGCGAAAAAGGUUUAGCUCCUAUUGGAAGAAGUAUAAAUAGUCAUGACUUCAGAAGAGCUUUCUUUUUUACCCUUUAUAUUAUUUUAGCGUAUUUUGGCACUGGAAAUAUAGCGUCGCUCAAUUCAUUCGAAGUGAGAUGGGUUCUGUGCUUUACCACUUCAUUUCAGCCUUUUGUGAUUACAACAUUAAUUUUACUAAAGACCUUAUCUCCAUUCUUAUGUGUAGCCUGCACUUUUAGAGCAAUUCAACAUCUAACAAAGGCUCCAGUUGGUUAUUUAAAUAUGAUUGUCCUAAUAUUUUCAAACAUAAUGGGACUGUACAUGCUCUUUCAUGUUAAAAACACUGGAAGUUGGCUUGAGAUAGGCACAUCUAUAUCUCAGUUUGUCAUAGUACAAGUUAUAACCUUAUUUAUUGUUUUGAUAAAUCAAAUUGCAAAAGUAUUGACCGAAACAGAAGUAUUUAAUUUAAUAAAGAAAGUUUUUAAAACAAGAAAGAAGAUUGUGUAAUACAAUUUUAUAUUUAAGUACUUCAUUUUAAAUUAAAUUAAAUAAAUAUGAGAUAUCGA